AUGUUUGCCUUAGUGAGGUUUAAUGAUAAUUCCGAAGGAAUAUACCCUAUAAAAGCAAUAACUAAAAAUAAUAAUAGUGGAUGUCUUGUAAAACAUAAAGGAAGUAAAUAUGAAGCAAUUAUUUUAGAAACUAGUGAUAACAAGAACGAUCUCAACAAGGCAAGAGUAUUUGUACAAUUAACGCCUUUGUCUAUUGAAAAUAUUAAUGGUUCUUAUUUACAUGAAUCUGAUAAUUUAAUAAAUGAUUCAACAGAAAAAAUUCCAAUCGAAAGAGAUUAUGCUACCACUUUAACUGAUUUUGGUGAUUUUACCUUGGGCUCUGAAUUAACAAGUAUAAAUACUAGUUCUAGUUUAUUAGAUAGUUUCAUAGAAAAUGUAGAAAAUGAAGAAAGAAUUGCAGCUUCUCCUUCAACUCCUACUGAAUUUCAAGAUGAUUCUGAUAUAGACCCCGAUUAUCAACCAAGUCCAAUUCCUUCCGAAAAAGAAUCUGUUAUAUCAGAUACCGAUGUUGUAUCAGAUAACGAGGUAAUGUUAAAAGAUACAUCAAAUCAACAUCGAUAUUCAGAUAUACCUAAUGGACCAGUUUGUGAUGAUUUGAAGAUGACCAUCUCAAAAUCAAGAGGAAAAAAAGGAGAUAAGAAAAUUAAUUUUUGCCUUUACUGUCAUACAAAACAGUUAAAAAUUUCUCGUCAUUUAGAGACAGUGCACAAAGAAGAGGAAGAUGUCAAGAAAUUUUUAUGUUUAGUCAAAGGAAACCCUGAAAGAAGGAAGCUUAUUGGAGACAUCAGAAAGAGAGGAAAUUUUGUAUUUAACACUGAUGCAGCAAUUAAUGAUGGUGAAUUAAUUGUGUCCCGUAGACCACUUAAUGUGGAAAACAAAACAGGUGCAGACUUCAAGGUUUGUGCCAACUGUAAGGCAUUUUUUGCUAAAAAGUCUUUAAGGACCCAUUUUAAUUUAUGCACUGGGAAAAAGAAUACAACGGAACGAAUAAUAAUGAAACUAAGUAAAAAAGUAAGCAGUCGAUUACAUGCCAGGGCUUCCGAAACGGUAAAAAAAUAUUUGUUUCCAUCUCUACGAGAGGAUAACGUUGUACUGUCUAUUAGAUAUGAUGAACUUAUUAUAAUAUAUGCAAACAAAAUGUGUGAAAAAUAUAGAAACCAUCGAUUUCACGAAAUGAUUAGACAGAGAAUCAGACUUUUAGGUAGAUUUCUAUGUUCGGUCAAAAAAAUAAAUAAGGAUAUUACUGAUCUUUCUUCAAUUUAUGAUCCAAAAUACUGUGACGAUACCCUCAAAGCUAUAAAUUUGGAAGCUCGUUUUAACAGUGUUAAGAGUAUAUUUGAAGCGCCAACAGUAGCCUUUAGUUUAGGAACUCUUCUUAAACAAGUUGGGAACAUUUUCAUAACGGAAUGUAUUAAAAACCAUUCUUAUGAAAAAAGGAAGAACGCAAAAGACUUUCUUAAACUUUUUAAUCAGGAGAUUAAUAUUAAUAUAAACAGAACUGUAGCUGAAUCUCAGCUAACAAUACAAAGACAAAAAAAAGUCGAGCUACCAUCCAAAGAAGACAUAAAAAAACUACAUUCCUAUCUUUUAAAAAGUAGAAAUGAAUCUAUUGUUCAAUUAAAAAAAAAUUUUUCAAGUCACCAAUGGACAACACUAGCUGAAGCAACACUUUUGGGUAUCCAAGUGUUCAAUAGACGACGACCUGGGGAAGUUGAAAGGAUUACAAUUGAAGAUUUUGUUAACCACCAAACAGUAGAUCCAAAUUCAAAUAAAGAUUUAUUUGAAUCCUUAUCCACAGAGAGUAAACAUAUUGCCAUGAAGUAUGUUAGGUUUACAAUAAGAGGCAAACUGAAUCGAACUGUUCCUGUUCUUCUGGAUUUAAACUUAUUGGAAUCAAUUAAAUUGGUUAUACAGUACAGAAAAAAAAUGGGAGUUUCAGAUAAUAACCCGUACGUAUUUGGAAUAAACACAAUAAACCAAAAUGGUUUUAACUAUUUGCGAGCUUGCAAUUUGUUAAGAAGGUAUUCCGAAAAAUGUGGAGCUACCCAUCCAGAAAGGCUACGGGGAACAACUUUAAGGAAACAUAUAGCCACAACAUGUAUUACUCUCAAUUUGGAAGAGGGGGAAGUUAGUGAUCUAUCUAACUUUAUGGGUCACAAUGAAAAGAUUCACAGAAAUAUUUAUAGACAAACAAUUGUACAAAGAGAGAUUUUGGGAAUAUCUAAAAUCCUAGAAGCUGCUCAGGGUGAUAAUAUAGAUAGUUCUGAUGGUGAAGAAUUUGAAGAUCAACAAAUUGAGAGUGAACCAAGUACUUCAUCAUCAUUCCUAAAAAAACCUUCAAAUUUCGAAAAUGUUACAAAGAGGCGAAAAAGGAGCAGUAAUUUUCCUAAAGAUUUGGAAAAACAGAAACUUUGGCUAGAAAAUAUGAAAAUUAAGGAAUGGGAGCCAUCUAAAACUGACAGGCUGUGUUCAAAACACUUUGAAGGAUGUUGGUUUUAUAAAACUGAUUCUAAUUCAAGAGUUCGUUUGCUCAAUCAAGCUGUUCCAACAGUUUUUCCUCAGUUACCAAAGUACCUGCAACCUAAGAAGAUUUCUGCAGAAGCAAAAUAUAGAAGGUACAGAUGGUACAGAGGACCUAUAUCGGAGUUAUCGGAUUUAUCGGAUUCUGCAGAAGAUGACAAGACUGGAUCCAGUAGUAAUGCCCAGUAUGUAAAAUCUAAAAAAACUUACAAACAAAAAUAUCGAAAGGGUUAUGGAACACAGUUUAAUUGGCUAAUUUCAACCCAAAACAAAGAACUAUUUUGCAAUGCUUGCAAUAUUAUUAUUAAUGGUGGUAUUACUCAUGUCAAAAGACAUAGUAAUACAUUAAAACAUAAAAAAAAAUUAAAGGCUUCUAGUAGAACACCUAAAAUAAUAGACAUUUUUGAAAAUUCUGAGUCUGCCAAAUUAUCGACAAAAGUUAGGGAAGCUGACAUUCUAAUGGUGUUACUAAUUGCAGAACACAACCUACCGUUUUCUUUUUUGGACCAUUUGGGAAAAAUUGUUAAGACAGCUUUUCCUGACUCGCAGAUUGCCAAAAUGAUGCAAAUUGGAAGAACUAAAGGUACAUUAUUAUGUAAACAAAUUCUUUCUAAUGAACAAAAAACUAUUGUACAAAAUAUAGUAAGGGAUUCUUUCUUCUCUUUAAUUGUAGAUGAGACUACAGAUGUAAGCAUAAAAGCUAGUCUUGCAAUAGUUAUAAGAUAUUUUGACUCCGAUUGUAAAAAAGUGAGGGAAUGCUUUUUAGGGUUAAUUGGAGUUGAAAAUAAAAGUGCUGAGGGAAUUUUUAAUUCAAUUAUAAUAUUUUUAAAUUCAAAUAAAAUUAAUAUAAAAAACCUUGUAGGUUUGGCAGCCGACAAUACAAAUGUAAUGAUGGGGGAUAAAUCUGGAUUGAAAGCCAGAUUUAAAGAGUUGGUUCCAAACAUUUUCAUUUUUGGCUGUAUAUGUCACUCAUUUAGUUUAUGCUCUUCAGCAGCGUGUGAAAAACUGCCUACUGCUGUAGAGAAAUUAGCUAGAGAUAUAUGCAACUAUUUUAAAAACAGCUCUGUAAGAUUAAAUCAUUUAAAAGAGUGUCAAGUUUUUUUAAAUAUAAAACCGCACAAAAUUUUAAAAUUAUGCCAAACAAGAUGGCUUUCACUACAGUCUGUAGUUAAUAGAAUAGUGGAACAAUAUGAUCCACUAAUUUUAUUUUUCACUAAUGAAUCUUUUAAAAGAUUUAAAGAGGACAACCCAGAUCAUAUAUUAGCUGCUUUAAAAAACCCCAUUUAUAAAAUGUAUUUCCUAUUUUUAAGUUAUACAUUAGAGCUUGUAAAUAAUUUGAAUUUGGAAUUUCAAUCAAAUUCAUUAAAACUACAUAAACUAUUGGAACAUAUUUCCACUGUUUACAAAACUUUUGCAGCAAAUUUCAUAGUUAGACAUAAAGUUGUUAAAAAUGUUACAGAAAUUCCUAUAAAUAAUCCCGACUAUUAUUUACCACUAGAAAACAUUUAUCUUGGCCCUAAAUGUGAGAUGUAUAUUGUUAAUAAUAAUAUACCUUUGAAAGAUUUAAAUAUUCUCAGAACACAUUGUUUACAUUUUUAUGUAGAAUUAUUGAGACAAAUAAAAUCUAGAGUGCCUUUUGAUGAUGAAGUUUUAAAUUAUAUUAAAGUAUUAGAUCCUGUUAAUGUUUACAAUAAUAAGUUUGAUACCUUGAUACCAAUUCUAAAUCGUUUUCCUAUGCUGACCACUGAUUUUGAACUAACUGAGAAUGAGUGGAGAUUAUUAAAGCAAUGUGAAGAAAUAAAAAUUAAAUCUGAUGAGCCACCUAUACAAUUUUGGAACCAUGUUUUUAAAAUCAAAUCGGAGCUAAAUGUUUUGUUUCCAAAUUUAAAAAUAUUUAUAUAUGGUUUAAUGGCAUUGCCACAUUCAUCUGCAGCAGCAGAAAGAGUAUUUUCUCAAUUAAAUCUCAUUAAAACUAAAACUAGAAAUAAAUUGUCUCUAGAUUCUUGUGAUGCCCUUUUGAGAACAAAGGAAUUAUUAAAUGAUCACUGUUGCUUUGAAUUUAAGUGCAAUUUGUCAUUAUUGCAGAGAAAAAUAAAUUAUAAUAAGGAAGAUUCUGAUGAUGAACUAACCUUUUAA